CCUACUUUCAGACCCCUAACUGAAUAGCUAUGCAUGAUCAUUCUCACUGCUGCCUGCUGAUUGGCCUACUCCUGCGAAUCCCUUGAGAAGAUAACAAAAUAAACAAAGCUGAUCAACGUGUUGCUCCUGCUUGACCUCUGGUGACUGACUUGAACACUGUGUAAAUAUUAACUAGAGCCUCUUCAGUGCCGUGCUGAUCAUUCAGUGCUGUGCUGCCCAUCUGGGAGCAUAAAGGAAUGGGCAACAUGUGAUAGCCAGACAUUGUACGCUGUUUUGUUUCCUCAAAUGAUGGAGGAGCCAAAUCACAGGACGUACCUGAGCUUCAAGCUUGUGCUUCAGCUUUGCCUGAGUUUUAUGGUGGUUUUAUCCAAACACAGCUCAGUUUCUCAUUCCUAUGACCAAGAUGCAUCUACACAAGAGCUCUUAGAUGAGGCUUUUGAAGAGCAGGGCUACUACCUGCAGCGACUUUUCUUGGAGUACGGCAGCAAUGGGACUUUGACGUAUGAGGGUCUACACAAACUGCUGGGCAGUCUGGGACUCGGCGAGAUCAGCGUGCUGGAGAUUAGACAUGGUGUUGUCAAGAAUUCAUCUCCGAGCCCCUCUCAUUCUCAUCCACACUCCUAUGUAGACCAUCAUCAUCAUCCUCAUCAGGCCUCAAGCACAGCAACAUUAAACAAAUUAAGUCAACAUGAGGCAAUUCGACCAAAAGAAACAAUGUCCAGUGCUGAAACCGAUGUGGCCAGCGGAUCUGCAGGAGGGGAAGAUCACUCACAUCCCUCACACACAGCUUCUCCUGGCACAGAAGAAAGACUGCAGGAUGGCCUGUCACUGCUGUCGAGUCACAUAACAAAGAAACACAUCCAUGACAAUUGUCUGAAUGUCACCCAGCUGUUGUGGAACUUUGGCCUGGGUGAGGCGUCCCACAUCACCCCCGCGCACUUCACCUUCCUGUGCCCCGCACUGCUCUACCAGAUAGACAGUGGCGUGUGUCUCCGCCACACAGAGUCCGACUUGGAAGAAGUCAAAAAUAGUGUGGCUUUCCUCAAAGCUCUAGGUUGGGCCUCCUUGGCGCUGUUUGUGAUCAGCCUUCCUUCCUUGCUGGCCCUGGGACUGGCUCCCCUGAUUCCACCUUCCAGCCUCCACACCUUCCUCUGCCCCAUGGCUGCCAUGGCAGUGGGCACUCUUUGUGGAGAUGCCCUGCUGCACCUACUGCCCCAUGCCAGCUCUGGACCACACAGUGAUCACCAGGACGCUGUUCUGAAAGGCCUGAGUGUGCUGGGGGGAGUUUACCUGCUCUUUGUGUUUGAGAGUGUGGUGAGACUCAGACAACACUACAAGAAAUCAAGGAAGAGGAAGCAGGAUGCAAAAGUGGUUCAGGAGCUGGAGGUACUGGAGGGUUCCUCUCCUCCUGAGCACACAGUCAGCUCUGAGUCCGGUCAUGGUCACUCUCAUGCUCACUCUCAUGCUCCGCCUGCCCGCGAAUCCUCGGGCCUCAGCAGUGUGGCCUGGAUGGUCGUCAUGGGAGACGGGAUACACAACCUGACCGAUGGACUGGCUAUUGGUGUUGCGUUCUCUCAGAGCCUGACUGGAGGACUCAGCACCACUAUUGCUGUCUUCUGCCAUGAGCUUCCUCAUGAACUAGGUGACCUGGCGGUGUUGCUGGCUGCAGGCUGGCCCGUGCGCAGACUGGCCGUGUUUAGUGUGCUCUCGGCUCUGUUGGGCUACGUAGGAGUGCUGGGGGGAACAGUACUGGGUCAUCAGUGGGCUCAGCAUUCACCUUGGAUCCUUACCAUCACCGCUGGGGUCUUCCUCUAUGUGGCUCUGGCAGACGUGAUGCCAGAGAUGCUGCAUGGGGAACGUGGUUCGAUGGGUCCUCUCAAGCGUUUCCUGCUGCAGUGUGCGGGUCUGCUGGUAGGGGGCAUCAUUAUGCUGUGCAUUGCCCUCUUUGAGGAGGACAUUGCUGUGAGCAUGGGGGACGGAUGAGAUGAUGAAAACGGCACUACUGGAACAGUAUACUGAGAGUGGCACCCACGCCUUCCAAGAAUAACUUUAAGAAUAUUCCAAAUGGACACUGUGCUACUUUAAAGCAAGGCUGCUGAAAGCAUUGAGAGCUCGCCUGACCACAAGCAGUUUUGUCAAGAACGUUCUGUGAAGGCCGCAUAAGUUUCACUGUUUAAGUGUAAUUCUAUAAGAUCAAGUUUUAAGGAACUAAUCUUGCAUUUUUAAACAUCUAAUCAUGCACCAAUGUAGGACCGAUGUCAUUGCUGGGGCAAGAUAGGGUUAAUUUAUUCAUAAUUAUGUGAUUAAAUGACUAAUUUUUUAAUCAUCAUAUAAAACCUCAUGACUGGUAGUUUCAAACAUUAACUUUGUCAUCACUCUGUAUAUACUUCACAGUUUACGGGAACAGAUUGUGUAUUGUUAUAAAUCUCAUUUUUUAACUAUGCAGUUUGAAGGAUGUCAACUAAUAAAUGUACCGUUAUACAGAUUUUCUCAUGUAGUUACUGUUGUAUGCAAAAGUUUGGGCACCCCCAGCAAAAUUACGUUUUGUUGAUUUUCCGAGAGACAUUAAGUACAGGGAACACACUUAAAUAUGGCAUUUAUCUGAAAAAGUUUUCACACCAUUUCGAUUAUGAUUUUUUUAAAUCAUGUUGCCAAAUAUACUGUAACUUUUGCACAGGCUACAUUUAACCCCCCCCCAUUAUGUUGAUUUCAGCAAAUAAACAGUAAUUGUGCACUAAAGAAGAAGUGUGUUCUCUGUAGAGAAUGUGCUUAAUUAUUUUCACUUAUCAGGGUACAUAAACUUUUGUAUACAGCUGUAGUUACAUCAGCAGUGACUUAUGCUAGGAAGUGAUAAGAAAUUGCAAUUAGAAGAUAUAGUUGAAAUUUAAAGGGGUUUUCCCAUCAGGGGCUUUCAGGUAAAUUUGUUCCAAAAAUGAACUUUAACAUCAACUGAUCCCGAAUAAGUUCCAUUUAUUAUUAUUUAAGCAGGUUCCCAGAAACUUAACUAAAGAUUAAGUAUUUUGAUUGCCUGGAGGACAAUUCAAAUCAAAAUGUAAUAUGUAAAAUAUGAGUGUGUUCUUAUAUUUGAAUGUGAAUUUCCCCCUCAUACUUCUGUCUCGAAAUGAAAAUGCAAAUGCAGUAAUGGCCUUUGCCUUCUGGUAUACCUGUACAGACAUUUGUGGAUGUGGGUGCUGGGUGGUGGGUACAACAGUGGUUUUUAUGGUCCCAUUGUGUACUUAGUUUUUCCCAGUGGAAAAGUACAUAUGUGUACCUUUUCAUAACCUAUUUUAAAACAGAAUAAUAAAAUAAAAAGCCUGGAGACG